GUGCACAGGUACAGCUUAUCCACAAAGGACGCCUACGCCGGCGGCGGCGGCGACCGCGCGCCGUCGGAGUCCGCCCGCCCCCGCGGCGACGCCGCGUCGUCGUUGCUCCGUCGAAACGGGUUGAGCUUCACGCUCAGGUUGCCCAUGGCGCCCUCGAGCGCCGCGCGGUGGACGUCGCGGUCCCGCAGCGCGUCCUUGACCGUCUCGCGCGCGAUCAGCGUGAACUCGGGGUCCCGCAGCGCGUCCGCCACGGCCUCCUUGAUGUUGGCGUUGAGGGCCUGCUUCACUUUUUCAUCUGUGAUGGCAUCUCCCAUGCCGCCGCGCAUAAUGUCGCGGAACGCCAUGUGCACUCGUCGUCGCUCGAGCGUGGCACCCAUGAAGUUCGCAUGGACAUCUACUAUUGAAGCGACGCCGGGCGGCGAAAGUAAUGCCGCGAUCAAUAAGAGACAGAUCGGCAGGCGGAGGUCCGGCCGGGCCGCGAGCGUGAGGCCGGCGAGGGCGACGAGGAGGGAGGCGGCCCAGGGCUCUUUGUUGGCCAUGGCUGCUGGUCGUUCACGGCGUCGACGGCUGCGCUUCGACGGCUGGGGCUGGCUGGGGUGCGCCUGGCUGCAGCCUCUAGCUGGCAGCAGAGCGUCCCCAGCGGUCGAAAACCGUGUGCAGGUCGAAGAGAGCUGAUCAGGCGCACUGCCCGAAAACUCCCACGACAAGUUCAACAGUCUAAUCCAGCGCUUUUGCUUAAGAGCA